UGUCAACAAAGAUGGUGCGGGGGGAACAAGGCGUCUCUGUGGCCUUAGCAAGCUGUCAGUGGUAGCGACGGCGGCCAUUCCAGAGCAUUGCCGAGGGUUUAGCUGGGACAUACAGCCGUGUGGUUGACCCAUGAAGCAGCAAGAUGUGGGCGCGGGAGUGGGCGGCGGCGGUGGUGGUGGUGGCAGUGUGGGGCAGUGUGCGGGCCUCUCUUAACCUGUACGUGGACGCCGAAGACGUGAAGCAGCUGCUGGGUGUUAACUCCCAGCUCUGGUAUGUCAACAAUGGUACUGUCAACCACUACGCCCUCAACUAUGAGAUUGUGGUGCCACCCCAGCUGGAUGCCCUCACUUUUUACUGGCAGGCACUUCAGGGCCGCACGAUCCCUUACACCUUGUCAGUCAGCGUUGCCAAUCCUGAAGCGGUGCUGCAGCCAGUGUGCAAUAUUAGUGACCAUGGCCUGGUACCCACCAAGCUGUCCUCCUGGACCCUGCGCCUCACCUGCACCAGGAAGCUCACCACGGAGGUGGACGUGACGGUGACCCUGCAGGUGCCCAUGAACACUUCCCUGGCUGACAUCACCACACUCACCAUCCACCGCAAGAAGGUCUGCCUGAGAGAGAAUGAGGCAGUGCACAUGGAGGCGACGGGAAGUGGAGGACACUCAACCACUGUGGUGUAUGUGACAGUGGCUGGCCUGGGUGUGUUCCUGGCACUGGUGGCAGCUCUGGCAGCACUCAACCACACACACCACAACAAGAUGUACAACAAUGCAGCCAGCAGACGGCAGGGAGCAGCAGUAUCACGGACGUCAUCCAUCCCCAAUAACCGACGUGGUGGUGUGGCAGGAGAGGUAGCCGGGCUGGGCAAGGCCUCCCAUUCUUCCCUGAGUGAGCUACGCCGCUCCCCACAGCCUACCAACACUACCACUGCCACUACCACCACCACCACUGCCAGCCCAGAACCUCAAUACACAGACCCACGCCAGAGUGACCUCUCAGCACGGCUGGCUGGGCUGCGGGCAGGUCGGGAGUGGGUGGAGCUGCGGGAAGUGCAACAAGAAGGAACCUUUGGCCGGGUGUACCGAGCCCUGUACCAACCCCCAGACCAGCCCCACCCAACCCCUGUCACUGUCAAGACUGUCACAGACUCGGCCAGUGAGGGUCAGCGCACUGUCUUGCUGAGUGAGGGGCUGAUGCUGGCUGGCCUGACCCAUGACAACCUGCUUGGGGUGCUGGGGGCAGUGGUCUCCCCCCCUGAGGCACCCCCAUAUGUCAUCCUGCCGGCCUCCUCACAGGGCAACCUGAAGAGGUUCUUGCAGGGAUGCCACACCUUGGUGACAAGAGAAGUGGUGUCUGUCGGAGUGCAGGUAUUGCAGGGUUUGGCUUACCUACAUGCACGUCUCCUACUGCACAAAGAUGUUGCCACACGCAACUGUGUGGUGGACGGGGGACUGCAGGUGCGGCUGGGAGAUUGUGCCCUGUCCAGAGACCUGUACCCCGGGGACUAUCACUGCCUGGGUGACAACCACAACCGCCCCAUUAAGUGGCUCGCCUUGGAGAGCCUCACACACAAGAUCUUCUCACCAGCCUCGGAUGUGUGGUCAUGGGGUGUGCUGCUGUGGGAGGUGAUGACACUGGGUCAGCAACCGUAUGCUGAGAUUGACCCUUUUGAGAUGGCAGCCGUGCUGCGCAAGGGUGUGAGAUUGGCACAGCCCAUCAAUUGUCCUGAUGAAUUGUUCAAGGCAAUGACAUUCUGCUGGACCACAGCCCCCCAGGAGCGACCCACAGUGGACGAACUCACCACAUAUCUCACCAACUUCCAACAGCACCUGGACCGCUAUGUGUGACCCUCCCUUAUCCUGGCCACACCCAUGCCACACCAGCACUAUUACCCACCUCACUGACUGCCUUCACCCACACACUCACGAUCACCUUCACUCACACUCAGACCUUACUAAUUCCCACCAGUAUUAUAAACAAUGUUUCACCUUUUUUAUUCCUUCACCUCAUUCUUCUUUCAUUCAGUUUUGUUCCACCAGUUGUAACAUUCACUGACAAACAUCCCUUCUUGUAGCUAAGUCAUUGCAGCUCCCAUUCCUUUGAACAUUUUCCCUCUGCUCCUAAUAGGUCCCUAAGAUUUCCCUUUUUACUACCAUAUCCCUGUCCCUCACAAGCUCCAUCCAUUCUUCUUUCUUGUAAGACUUGCUUCUCAAUUAUUUUUCUUGGAGAAACUGAAGGAAGAAUGGUAAGGAUGUUCUGAAGGAUAGUGUUUCUGUGCCAUAAUCUCCCCAUUGUGUUUAGGCAGUGAAGGUGGGAGGUGGAUGUUGUGCAUUAGGCAGGGCAGUGGUGGCAAUGUGGCUGGGUGGUAUGGAUGGGCCAGUGUGGAAAUGGUGUGCACAAUGUAGUCUUCUUGGUGUAACUCCUCAUUUGCUACAGAAAAACUUUGAAAAUGUUGAGUGUUGCAGAAACUUUGAGAGGACAACUGCAUUUGUUGUGAAGUGGCAGAUGUGUACCAUGACAUGCUUAUGAAUUGUUGCUGGUGUGGCAAGUGUGUAGAGGCGAUGCAGCUGUACAAAGAUCAUUCAGAUACUUGACUGCUGUACAAAAGCUUUCACAAUUAUGGAGUACAAGUAUCAAAAUGGAGAAUGUGGAGUGUUCUGUGCUACAUAUGUUGUAUAAAAACAUUUAUUGGAAAUUAGGAAAGAAAAAAAUAAACAUGAUUAACUGUGAAAGAAUUGUGAAAAUCUGGUGAUGAUGUGAGGGCAAGAGUGUUAUGGGAAACAAAGGGCAGCUAUUUAUUGGGUGUGAUUUGAACUGUGUGAGGCCACAAGGUGUGUGUUCAGUAUAGUUAUGUUGCAUUGAGGUGCAAAUAGCCUUCAGUGAAACAGGAUUUUUACCACAUUAUAAUAGUAAUGAAGGUGGAUGAAAUGCAUUUAUACUCUAGUACUUAUGAAUAGCAUAAUAAUACACUUGACAUAGGUAUGA